AUGAAACUUAUCUCGAGGUCAUGGUGUUGCCUCUUCACAACCAUCCUCAUUCUCAUAUCACAUACAGUCUCCGCAAAGAGAAAACUAGUCGCUACAUCCUUAGUCACAUGUAUGGAUGGAUCUCAACUGUCAGCAAACAGUUUCGAUGUCAUCUUCAACCCGGAUGAUAGGUCCCUACAUUAUACCUUAGAUAUGACUACACAAAUCGAUUCAUAUAUCACCGCCGACAUCGACGUUUAUGCAUACGGAUUUAAGAUCAUUACCAAGAACGUUGACCUUUGUAACAUUAAUUGGAAACAAUUUUGUCCCGUACAUCCAGGUGCCAUCCAAAUCGACUCCAUAGAAUACAUCUCCAAGGAAUACGUCGACGAAAUCCCAGGGAUCGCAUAUAAUGUUCCAGACAUCGAUGCUUAUGCCAAGAUAAAGGUCUUUAACAGAGAUGACAAGUCCCAGUACUUAGCUUGUAUCCAAAUCUUUUUCUCCAAUGGGAAAACUGUUAACCAGACAGGUGUUAAAUGGGCUACGGCAGUCGUGGCAGGUAUCGGGUUAUUAUUAUCAGCUAUCCUUUCCACAUUUGGGAAUUCCAUUGCUGCAUCCCAUAUCUCAGCUAAUACUAUGUCUCUUUUUUUGUAUUUCCAAAGUGUAGCUGUCAUUGGUAUGUUACAUGUCCAUAGAGUGCCCCCCAUUGCUGCCGCAUGGGUGGAAAACUUAGUCUGGUCCAUGGGGUUAAUCAAGAUUAAUUUCAUGCAAAGAAUCUUCCGUUGGUAUGUACAAUCCACUGGCGGGACCCCCACCUUGUAUUUGACUGCAACAACUAUGUCUGUCCUUACUCAAAGAAGUUUUGAAUAUUUGGAGCAGAUGGAAGUCUUCAAGAGAGCAGUUGAUGUCCUUUACGGGAAUCAAAAUACUCUGAUCUUUAGAGGUAUCAAGAGAUUGGCUUACAGAAUGGGUAUAGAAAAUACUGCUGUGGUCUGCACUGGGUUUACAUUCUUCGUUCUUUGUGGUUACGUCCUUGCUGGAUUUAUUAUCAUUUGCAAAUAUUCUGUGGAAUUGGGUAUUAGACUCGGUUGGAUUCAUAAUAAGAAUAAACUACUAGGAUUUAGGACAAAUUGGAGAAUCAUUUUGAAAGGUUCACUUUUAAGAUAUAUCUAUAUUGGGUUCGUGCAGUUGACCAUUCUAAGCCUUUGGGAAUUUACAGAGAGAGAUUCAGCUGCUGUCAUUGUUAUUGCAUGUCUGUUCCUUAUCUUAUCCAUUGGAUUAAUGCUUUGGGCUGCAUAUAGAACCGUUUAUUUUGCAAGAAAAUCAAUUAAUAUCUAUAAUAACCCAGCUGCUUUACUAUACGGUGAUCAAUACGUUCUGGACAAAUAUGGGUUCUUCUAUACCAUGUUUAAUGCUAAACAUUAUUGGUGGAACGUAUUGUUAUUAUCCUAUGUCUUUGUCAAAUCAUUAUUUGUGGGUUUAGCACAAGCAUCAGGACAGACACAAGCAUUGGUCAUUUGGAUCAUUGAUUUAUUCUAUUUUGUUGCCAUUAUUUAUUACAAGCCUUACUUGGAUAAACCAACCAAUAUUUUAAACAUUCUAAUUGCUACAGUAACAGUGGUUAAUUCAUUUUUAUUCCUGUUCUUCUCAGAUCUUUUCGGUCAAAGUUACGCUGUAUCAGCUAUCAUGGGUUGGGUUUUCUUUAUUUUGAAUGCCGCAUUUUCAUUUAUCUUAUUAAUGAUGAUUUUAGCAUUCACUGGAUUAAUGAUCUUUUCCAAGAACCCAGAUAUUAGAUUCAAACCUGCUAAGGAUGACAGAAAUUCAUUCCAAAGAAACUCUAUCAAUCCAGAUGGAAUGGUCGAUGACAAGGUCGCCAAUGAAUUACUGGCAUUAGGUAAUGUGGCUAACUCUCAUAAAGAAAAUUGGGCUGAUCAAUUAAAUACAAAUGUUAACGUGGAAGACACACAAAUACCUAAUGUGGACUCUUACAAUGAAGAACACAUGGGUAUAUCAUCGUCCACAAAUGAUACAAGUAAUUUAUCGUCCGGUGAUAAUGAAAAAUUGCCAUUGACCUCAUUCCCUCAAAAACUACUACGUAAAUUAUCAAUGAAGAAGAACGAAAAAUCCAAAAAGAAUGGCUCAACAGAUCACUUGGGCCUAACAAAAUCAGAGAAUAUGUCCACAGAUGAACUUUCUACUGAGCCAACAAGUCGGAAGCCAUACCCUGGUAUAGCAUCACAUACAAGAGGAGCAUCAGAUUCCCAUAAUGGACUUAUGACUUCAUUCGAACGAGAACAAGAUCCUUUCCAUUUGGAGGAACCAAACAUUAAUGAAAAUCCAUUCGAUGAUCAAAAUCUUCAAAGUGCCUCACCUAGUGUCAGUGCUUUGAACAAUAAGGAUGGAAGUCUAGAUACAAUGCCAGUCUCAGAAAAUGUGGCAAAGGCGACAAAUCUCUUCAGUGAUUCAACAUUCUUGUGA